AUUUCGCAAUGGGCCCGAAGUCUAAGCAUCCUUUACAGUUUGAAGUUAUCGCAAAAUGCUCGAUAACAAAAGCACGAGCCGGUAAACCGAUUGUACGACAGAAAAUAGACGUAGUAUAAAGAGUGAGGGAGACUAAAGUACAAAUUAUACGGAGAGCAGCCUGUCUAGCUGAAAUGUGCACCGGAUUUGUGCGAAUCCUUAGGUUAUUUUCAUGGGCAACCUAAAAUGCGCAAUACAGAUUGACAGGAGUUCUUACACUGCCGCAUGCUAAGGUAGAUACCCCUGUAUUUAUGCCUGUUGGCACCCAGGGCACCCUCAAAGGCAUGUUACCUGCUCAGAUUGAAGCGCAAAAUUGUAACCUGAUUCUCGCAAAUACCUACCACUUGGGGAUGCGACCUGGCACAGAAGUCAUUAACAAAGCCGGCGGUCUCCACAAAUUUAUGCGAUGGAAUAAUGCUCUACUCACCGAUAGUGGCGGCUUUCAAAUGGUUAGCUUGAUCAAGCUAUCAAAGGUAACAGAAGAGGGUGUCAUGUUCAUUUCACCAUACGAUAACGCAGAGAUUAUGCUUAGUCCUGAAAAGUCAAUGGAAAUUCAGAAUUCGAUUGGAGCAGACAUAAUGAUGCAACUGGAUGAUGUUGUUUCAAGCACCGUAACAGAUCGUAAUCGUGUUGAAAUUGCCAUGCAUCGAAGUAUACGAUGGCUUGACCGCAGUCUACGGGCACAUCAAAAUAAGGAUCGACAGAAUCUCUAUCCAAUUAUACAGGGUGGACUUCAUGCAGACCUCAGGAAACACUGCGCAAAAGAACUCCUAGAGCGUGACGUUUCUGGCUACGCAAUCGGAGGACUAAGUGGAGGGGAAACGAAGGAAGACUUUUGGAAAAUGGUGCAUGUUUCUACAAACCUUUUACCAGACGAUAAGCCAAGAUAUCUUAUGGGUGUUGGCUUUGCGGUUGAUCUUGUUGUAUGCGUCGCGUUAGGUUGUGACCAGUUUGACUGCGUGUUCCCAACUCGAACAGCUAGGUUUGGAUGCGCACUGCUCGAAGGAGGACAUCAACUAAGUCUUAAAAAUGCGCAGUUUGCAAAUGAUACACGACCUAUUGACGAAGCGUGUCAUUGUUCCACCUGUAAAAAUUACACAAGGGCAUAUUUACACCAUAUUGUCCGAAAAGAAACGAUUGCAUGUCACCUUGUUUCUAUUCACAACGUCAAUUUUCAGAUGCGGUUGAUGGCGUCAAUACGAGAAGCUAUUAUUGAGGAUCGACUCCCGGAAUUCAUCAAAGACUUCAUGGGAAAAGCUUAUCCUGACAAAAACUAUCCCUCUUGGGUUGUGGAUGCUCUUAAAGCGGCGCACGUAACCCUUUAAUUAAUAGAUGGCAAGCUGCAACUAUCUUGUUGGAUCUCUAAUAUUAAAUCAAACUUUGUGCUGACAAAGUGAUCAUUAUCAGCGGUUUUUCUACCAAUUAUGUUUUUAGGGUUACCAGCUUUUUGGGUAAAAACAACAACAUGAUCAACUCUAGAGUCAUUACCAUGCGACGUUUCAAAGUGUAAAUAAUAUAUUUUGGUGUAAUAAACACCUUUACCGUUUCUUUAC